AUGUCGACGCCGUCGCCGACAGCCGCGCCGGCCCCGACAUCGCCACCAUCACCCCCCGCCAACGCCACCGCGCCACCACCAGCCACACCCGCCACACCGUCCGCCCCUCCUCCCGCGAUCCCCGCCCCGUCCCCGCCGGCGCCCGCCUCCGCCCCGCCGCCCGCAGUCCCCUCCGCCUCCCCGCCCGCGCCGUCCUCCACGACCCCGGCCACCCCGUCCGCGCCCUCCCCCUCGCCGCCCAGCGGAAGCGCGCCCGCCACACCCACCCCUCCCUCCGACACGCCCUCCCCACCAUCGAGGUCCCCGCCAUCCUCCUCCUCCGGUGGCGGCGGGACAAAGUCGCCGCCCGCGCCGACCCACUCCACCUCGCCCCCGAAGUCGCCAUCCCCGUCCAGCAACAGCGGCGGCUCGGGCGUCUCCACGUCGCUCGUCGUCGGCGUCGCCGUCGGCGGCUUCGUGCUCCUCCUCCUCGCCACCUUCAUCUGCCUCUGCUGCCUCCGCAAGAAGCGACGCCGCCAGCCACCGCCGCCGCACUACGGAUACCCGCCGCCUCCGCCGCAGCAGUACAAAGAGGAUCAUUAUGGAGGACAAUACCAGAGCUGGCAGCAAAACGCCCCCCCUCCUCCGCCUGAUCACGUGAUCAAGAUGCAGCCAUCGCCUCCUCCAGCAUACGCCAAUCGUCCUCCGCAGGCACCGAUGCCGCCUCCACCCCCUAUGAUGAACAGCAGCGGUGGUUCGGGUUCAAACUACUCGGGCGGUGAGAUCCUGCCUCCGCCGUCCCCUGGCACUGGCCUCAACUUCUCCAGCUCGAAGAGCACGUUUACUUAUGAGGAGCUGGUGAGGGCCACGGAUGGGUUCUCCGAUGCUAAUCUCCUCGGGCAAGGUGGUUUUGGGUAUGUUCACAAAGGGGUGCUGCCGAGCGGCAAGGAGAUUGCUGUGAAGCAAUUGAAACUUGGUAGUGGCCAGGGAGAGCGUGAGUUCCAGGCGGAGGUCGAGAUUAUCAGCAGAGUUCAUCACAAGCAUCUUGUGUCUCUGGUUGGUUACUGCAUCUCGGGGGGAAAGAGAUUGCUUGUCUACGAGUUUGUCACCAAUAACACGUUGGAAUUCCACUUACAUGGAAAAGGCCGUCCAGUGUUGGAGUGGCCCAUAAGACUAAGGAUUGCUCUUGGUGCUGCCAAGGGUUUAGCAUAUAUUCAUGAAGACUGCCAUCCCAAGAUCAUACAUCGUGAUAUAAAGUCAUCAAACAUUCUUCUUGACUUCAAAUUUGAAGCUAAGGUUGCGGAUUUUGGUCUAGCGAAAUUCACUUCUGAGAACAACACUCAUGUUUCGACAAGAGUAAUGGGCACUUUUGGGUAUCUAGCACCAGAAUAUGCGUCUUCUGGCAAGCUCACUGAGAAGUCAGACGUCUUCUCUUUUGGAGUGAUGCUUCUUGAGCUGAUAACUGGGCGUCGGCCUGUUGAUUCAAACCAGACGUAUAUGGAUGACAGCUUGGUUGACUGGGCAAGACCCCUGCUGAUGCGAGCACUUGAGGAUGGUAACUACGAAGAGUUAGUGGAUGCUCGGCUGGGGAAGGAUUUCAAUCCUAAUGAGAUUGCUAGAAUGAUAGCAUGUGCGGCUGCAUGUGUACGCCAUUCUGCACGCCGUCGCCCACGAAUGAGUCAGGUUGUUCGGGCCUUGGAAGGUGACGUGUCUUUGGAAGAUCUUAAUGAAGGUGUUCGUCCCGGCCAUAGCCGCUUCUUCGGAUCCUACAGCAGUUCUGAUUAUGAUUCUGGUCAGUACAACGAAGACAUGAAGAAGUUCAAGAAAAUGGCCUUUACAACCAAUGACUACACGAGCAGCCAAUACAGUGCGCCGACCAGCGAGUACGGUCAGGUAGCAUCUGCAUCAAGCAGCGAGGGCCAACAAACCCAGGAAAUCGAGACGGGGACGAUGAAGAGAACUGGCCACAGUGGCUACAGUUCAGGAUACAGUGGACCGUCGUGAGGGAACUCAUCUUCCUUCUUUCUACUUUUUGACAUUUCGUUGAUGCAAUUUGUAAAGUCCGGCUGAAUUUAUAUGAUCAAAGUUGCUGACUUGUGUGCGAGGAACUCAUGUUUGACCGAGUAUAGCUUCUAGUAGUUGCAUUCCUUGAUUCUUUGGUAUGUUGUUGAAGCCCACCACCGUUUGCUAUGUAAUUCAAAGAGAUAAUUGACUGUCAUACUGUUCAUACUGACCCAUGGUUGAGUUGAUGUCAUGUGCCUCGAUGUUUUUCACCGAGCAAUUUGAACUGUCCAC